AGCGAAUGCGGAUGUGAAAGUGACAAGAAAGAUUACAAUGAUACAUUUUUGGCAAAUGCCUGCGUCGAUUAUGCCAACAGAGAAAUCGCUCUGGGUACUUCAGGAAAAUUCGAUAAGGAGGAUUUCACAUUGGCCGUCCAGCCGUUUUUCCGUGAUAUCACCACACCACCAAUGAAGGACGGGAAGAUUAAUAUGAAAUUCUUCGCACCCGACUGCUUCCACUUUUCCCAGUGGGGUCACGGUAUCGUUUCUACCUGGCUAUGGAAGAACAUCCUUGAACCAGUAGACAAGAAGACCACCCAAGGAGAUCUAACGAAUCCAGCUAUACCACUUGCAUGCCCCGAUCCGGUAUUAUGA